UGGAUUCUGAUGGGAAAGGGAGGGGGGCUGCUUGGCUUGGCGCGGGCUUGUAAACAGGCAACAUGGCGGCGACAGUAGCAAUGACGUCGGCUCUCAGCCUAGUUCAGCGUCGAGGGGGUUUGGCUGCGGUGGCAACUACUGGCACCUCCGUUUCCUCUUCUUUCUCUUCCUGGUUUCUGGACUGCUUGAGCCUGAGGGGUUUGGCGCCCGAGCGUUGCUCGGCCUUGUCCUCAUCCACGAGAGGUUACAGUUCUGAGGUGAAAGCGGGGGAGGAGGAGCUACGGGUACGGUACUUGGAUGACGAGCAUAAAGGAAUUGUAGUACUCGGAAUAAACAGAGCACAUGCAAAAAAUGCACUUAAUAAAAACCUUGUAAAAAUGAUGUCAAAAGUUAUGGAAGCUUUGAAAACUGACAAAAGAGUACGGACGGUUAUAUUCCGAAGUGAAGUUCCUGGGGUAUUUUGUGCUGGUGCUGACCUUAAAGAAAGAGCCAAAAUGCACUCUAGUGAAGUAAGCUCUUUUGUCUCAAAAGCAAGAGCAGCUAUUAAUGAAAUGGCUAACCUUCCAGUACCAACUAUUGCUGCAAUAGAUGGCAUUGCUUUAGGUGGUGGCCUCGAAUUAGCUUUAGCCUGUGACGUAAGAGUGGCAGCCACUUCUGCAAAGAUGGGUCUAGUUGAAACAAAGUUAGCCAUCAUUCCUGGUGCAGGAAGCUGUCUCGGUUCUAAACCAGUGUCUGACAUCAGUGGUGGAUUGGAUGAGAGUGAACAAAUUGAAGCUCAAUCCAGACAAGACAGAGGAGGGACACAAAGACUUCCUCGUACAAUUGGAGUGUCUCUGGCAAAAGAACUAAUCUUUUCGGCACGUGUAGUUGAUGGUGAAGAAGCAAAAUCAAUAGGAUUGAUCAGUCAUGUGGUGGAACAGAACGAAGCAGGGGAUGCUGCCUAUAUAAGGGCUUUAGCUCUGGCAAAAGAAUUCUUACCUCAGGGGCCAGUAGCAAUGAGAGUUGCAAAACUGGCCAUCAAUCAAGGAAUGGAGGUGGACUUGUUAACAGGUUUAGCAAUUGAAGAAGCUUGUUAUGCUCAGACUAUUCCAACAAAAGAUAGAAUUGAAGGUCUUCUUGCUUUUAAAGAAAAGAGACCCCCUCGCUACAAGGGAGAAUAGAAAAAACAGAUGCCUUUCAAAAACAAAUGAAAUACACAUACUACAGAAAGGACUUUUCAGCUGUAUUUCACCUCAGAACCUGGAAUAUCGCAACCCGAAACUAAAUGUAACCACACAUACUUUGAUAUUUAGCCUUAACAGUUUCUCAAGGCUUUUCUCUGUGUUUUUCAAAGUCAUUGCAUUGUACAGCAUUUUAUUCCAUAUAUUUCAAAUGCAUUCCUUAUCAGUUAAAUAUAUGAAUUCCUAAUAUAGGCAAAGCUUAAAGUAACAUCAAAUGUACAAAUCUUCUGCUGUUGGAACAAAAUAAUAAAACUCUGAACACCAAAAAAUAUGAAAUGUACUGCAUAAGGUUUCUAAAUGAAUCUUUAGAUCAAAAUAUUACGCUUAUUCUACUUGAAUGUAUAAAUUACAAAUAAAGUUAGCUGAACUGAUGAGAGAAAGUAUCUGAAAGCUUAGUUGUACAUAUAUUAUGUUGGAAAAUAAAAUCGAUUUGGAAACUUU